GCCAAGAAAUGUCUCGCCCCGGCUAUGUGCAGAAGCUGAAAGUCUCACACCUGUCGCCGUUUUAAUUCCGCACUGGAUUUCGAGCGGCCCUUGACUUCUAAGGUUAGCAAAACAUAACGACGCAAAUGGCAGAUCCACUUAGCAUCACAGCUAGCACGGCGGGCUUGAUAUCGCUGUCGCUGCAACUCUUUGGGGGAUGUAUCAAGGGCUUCGUUCUCUUAUCCACGGCACAAAACCUUGGAAAGCAUGCAUCGGCAAUUGUAUGCAUUCUCAAUAUCCAGGAGAUACAGUUAACAGACUGGGCUCGUCGCGCCGGCUUAUUGACGGGAGAUGGAACACUCGAUCCACGUUUAAAUUCAAGUGCUGUUGAAAUGAUUCUCCAACAAUUGCAAGACCUACUUUUAGAUACUGAAAAGCUUAAGAAACGCUAUGGCUUGAAGCUCGUCCCACGCGUGGAUGACGAGCAUCAGACAGUUGCCCAGCUUCAUGAUUAUUCCCUAUCCGAAGUCGACAGAGUAUUCACCGGUAUCUCAGACGACACCCGACGCCAAAUCCUGACAAGAGCGAAGGCGGCGCAAGGUCAACACAUCUUUAAGCGACUGUGGUGGGCUGCCGUUGAUAAGGACAAUAUUGAGAAGCUAGCCGCAGAUGUCCAUUUCCUGGUUCGAGAACUUUGGAACCUGUUGGACCCCACGCGACACGACGAUUUCCUUGAUUCGACUAAGGAUAUCGUUUCCAACAUGGUCGCGCUAAACACCAAAUUCGACCAACUAUUCUCCCUUUCCGAGGCCCUCAAAGCGCUCCAAGCGGAGUCUCGGGGCAUGAAGGCCCUUGCUACUUCGGCCGAAAUGAAGGCCUUGCGCAUUUGUCUCGACGAAUCGGAGCAAGCACCAAUUCAACAAGAUACUGGAGCGCCGAAAAGACGCAAGCUACUUGAGAAGUUAGAGCCUUUGUCCAGCAAAAGGCUCUCCAAUUUCAAACCCCUGAAGAAGAAUGAAAGUAUGGGUUUAGCGGACUAUGACGGGGAAGUGGUGGUGAUCGAAAAGAAACCGAUUACCAGUUUGUCCUGGAGCAAAAUCCUGCCUCGAAUCGAAAACUUAGCAACACUUUUGAACGCCCCUAAAGAUGAGACAUUCCGCUCCCUUUCAUGCAAAGGCAUCGUGAUGGAAGACAGCACAGUCUCCUUCGUGUUCCACCACCCCACCCCUGAUAAACCAGUCGAGCCUCGCUCGCUUCUUGAUCUUUUCUCUGCAAGAGACGGCAUAGAGCCACCAAGCCUCACGGAUCGGAUUCAACUCGCUCUGAGCAUUGCCCGCCUCGUGCAGAACUUCCAUCGUGCUGGGUGGCUGCACAAGAGCCUACGAUCACAGAACAUCCUGUUCUUUCCACAAGCGGACGGCUCACUAGCCCUCGAGGACCCUUUUCUAGCUGGGUUUGCUUUCGCACGUUUCGGCUCGCCUACCGAAAUCUCUGAGCAACCCUCCGCAAACCCCACGUUCGACAUCUAUCGCCACCCCCACGCGCUCGGCGACCCGACGACGAGUUUCAGCGCCACCAUGGAUGUGUACUCUCUGGGAACUGUGAUGCUUGAGAUCGCUGAGUGGCGCGCGUUGCGGUAUCUCGUAGAUAGUGUGGUCAAUGUCGGUGCGGAGAACGUGCCACUCACCCAAUUGGCAAAAGUAAGGCCAUUUUUGCUAGACGGAAGUGGGAGGACUCCAACAUCAAAGUUGCGGUAUAGGAUGGGGGAUAUAUACGCGGCGACUUGUUUGAUGUGUUUGGAAGGGGAAUCCAAGGAGACAGGGGCAGCCAAGGGUAACGUAGAUUCUUACGAACCAAGCCUCAUUGACGGUGCUGUGCGUCAACUGGAACGCUGUAAUAUCUGAACAUUACUUAUGUAGGUAAAUUAAGGAAUAAAAAUCUCAUGGUCAAAGUAACCAUUAUGAUCUAUGCAGGCACCUAACCAUCAAAAGUGUAAUAAUGAAAUUAACAAAAACAUUGGAACAUAGGUAGUAGGUACCUAGGU